GAUCCUCCUCAGAUGCAGACUUAUUGAAUUAAAACAGCCGUCAUUUCAGUGCCUCGACCACAUUAGACCCUUGACAUAUCUUUAUAAAGCUAUGUCGUUUUUAAUAUAACGAGUCGAAUCGUUUCAUCAUGUUUGGGAGAACGGCUUUUGUCUUUAUUUCUUCAUUGCUUGCAUUACACAUCACAGGCGGUAUCUCUGCAGAUAAUGAAGUUUAUCAGAUACCGCACAGGCUCAUGUCUAAUGGACUGACCGCCGCUGGUGUCCGCGUCCAGGACAAGGCUGUAAAAUUGAAUGGGGAAGUGAUUCAUGGACAGACCCGGGCACGAAUCGCCAAGCUGAUGCCUGCAGCUUUUCUAGAGUCCCACUUCCAAAGAGCUCAGUGGAGAAAGUCAGACGUUAACUUCCUGCCCAGAACUGACCAUGUGGAGAACAAGCCCAAAUCUGCCCAUCGCACAGUCACAAUGGAAGAAAAGGAUGACAUUGAGUUGUAUGUGUCUUCUGUGGGGGCAUCGGAACCCGUAGCCCAUGAGGAAAUGAUCAGAUUGCUCAAGAUCAACACCCUGCACCACAGCUCUGGACCGCUCGCCACCACAGAGGCAUCCACAGAGAAGAGUAUUCUUAAAAACCACCAUGAGAAGAACAACAUCUGGGGCAAAGAUGGAUUCUAUGUGCUGGUUAUCUGCCUCAUAAUAUUCCUCACCAUUUUCACCUGUUUAAUGGUGCUUUACCGACAAAAGGAGAAGGAAUUGUUGGAUCAGCAGUUAAAAGAUCCAUCUCAACCCAUCCGGGACGUGCAGCUGGCGCCGAUCCCUGUUCAUGGUGCUCAGCACCCCCCAACUCUCAAGAACAGCAUGGUACAGGCCAACCAGACCUCCAAAACCUCCUGUGCCACCAGUUCUGCCAAAACCAUCAGCAGAAGCACCCUGUCCUGUAACAUCAACAUCCUCCAUACUGAUUCCAGCGAGAGCUCAGAGCUUCAUUGCCCCACCGGACACUCUGUGCCAGAACUCAAACCCACCGUCUCCUCCACACAUUCACCAUUUAGGAUGAAACCUGUAGCAGGACUGCAGGAGAGACGGGGUUCUAAUGUCUCACUGGUUCUGGAUAUGAGUGUUUUGGGUUCUGUGGAGCCUGUAAGUUGUGGGGUCAUAACCCCUCGUGAACGUGCCACUCAAGAAUACCUGCAGUCGGCCAGUCGGGAGCUUUUACGGCAGCAGCUUCGUGAUGUCACACGCAACACCCAGAUGCUGCAUGCAGAGUUUGUAGAAAUUCCAAUGAACUUUGUGGAUCAAAAAGAACUGGAUAUCCCAAAUCAUGGAUCAAAAAACAGAUACAGGACCAUUUUGCCAAAUCCACAUUCCAGGGUUCUUCUUAAGACUAAGAACACCAACGACCUGCUCAGCAGUUACAUUAAUGCCAACUACAUACGAGGUUAUCUUGGAGACGAGAGGGUGUUCAUUGCCACUCAGGGUCCAAUGAUCAACACGGUGAAUGACUUCUGGCAGAUGGCCUGGCAAGAGGACUGUCCUGUCAUUGUCAUGAUAACCAAACUCAAAGAGAAAAAUGAAAAAUGUGUUCUGUACUGGCCUGAGAAAAGAGGGAUCUAUGGGAAGGUGGAGGUCUUCGUUAACAAUGUGAAGGAGUGUGACCACUACAUCAUUCGCAGCCUUAUACUGAAGUUCAGCUCAAGGAUACGGCACUAGACUGGAGCUGUCAAACUUCAAAAUGAUGAAAACUCAUAAAAUCUCAAAAAAGUUAAAAGGAAUAUUUUAAGUUUGGUAUUGAUGUGUGGUGUAUGUAAGACAAAAAAACAAAAAAACAAAAAACAAAACGGUAACAGAGCGCAGCAGUCUGUUUCCAGAAGUAAAAAUCUCAGUAAAAAGAUCCAGGGUCAUUAAUCAAUGGUAUGCUUCUGUUGAAGUCAUCCAUCCACAUUAUUUAAGUUAAAUUUUUUUAGAAAUCAUGUUUAAUAGCACAAUUCCUGGUGAAAAACGACACUACCCAUGAUCCUGAAGAGAAAGAUCCACCAAUCAGAGAAUCACGGUAAACAAACCGCCCCAAACAAGUGCUGCAGCUGACUGCAAUACAGUAUAUAUAUUUCUACACUUAUAAAACUAUUUAUUUAAAGUUGUUGAUUAUAUUUUUCCAUAAUUUUUAAUUUGAUUAAGUCAUUCGCAAUGCUUCAUAGGAUUGUUGUUAUAGGAUGAAGAGGCAGGACCCAAAAUCAGUGUUAAAAAGGAAGUCAGGAUCCAGACACCGCGCUCCUGACAUGAACAAGACAGACCAAAGAGCGCAUGGCAGGGAAUACAACUGAAGCCUCCCGGCGUCCCAAAACGGGAACAUCAUUCAAUACACAAGACAGACAAAACAAGCACUAACAGAAAACAGAAAACACAACAGAAAGGGAGAGAAACCAGGGAGGGAACUUAAUGAAAGGGGUGGGGUCCGGCGGCCUGGGAGGAGGCCUCAGGGCAGAGGCAGGGUCUAGCGGCCUGGGAGGAGGCCUCAGGGCGGAAGCAGGGUCUGGCGGCCUGGGAGGAGGCCUCAGGGCAGAGGGGGCAGAGUACUGGGUGGCGGCCACUGGACAGGGAUCAGAGGACUGGGCGGCGGUUACUGGACAGGGGUCAGAGGACUGGCAGUGGCAGGGGAACAGCCUUCAUGUCUGUGAGCACAGGAGUGACAGGGGAAUGGCCUCUGUGGCCGGGGGCACUGGCAGUUACAGGGGAACAGCCUUCGUGGCUGUGAGCACAGGCAGUCGACCUCCAUGGUCGUGAGCACUGGCAGAGACAGGGGAACGACCUCCGGCUCAUGGGCACUGGCAAUGACAGGGAAACAGCCUCCGUGGCUGUGAGCGCAGGCAGCAACUGGGAAUGGCCUCCAUGGCCAGGAGCGCUGGCAGCAACUGGGGAACGGCCCCUGUGGCCGGGUGCGCUGGCAGCAACUGGGGAACGGCCCCUGUGGCCAGGAGCGCUGGCAGCGACUGAGGAACAGCCUCCAUUGCUGGGAGCAUUGGCAGUGACUGGGGAACAAGAGCCCUUCUCCUCCUCCUCCUCUUUCGAGCGGCCGGGAGCACUGCUGUGGGAGAGGCCGUCAUGACCAAGGAUGCUGGCACUGGGACGGCCGAGGCUUCUGGCACCGAUUCUGGGGCGGUCGAGGAUUCCGGCUCUGGCUCUGGGAUGGACGAGGCUUCAGGCACUGGCUCUGGGACGGAUGAGGCUUCAGGUGCUGGCACUGGGACGGAUGAGGCUUCGGGUGCUGGCUCUGGGAUGGACAAGGCUUCAGGUGCUGGUUCUUGGAUGGACAAAGCUUCAGGAACUUGCUCAUUGACCGUGGCAGACGUGGGUGCUGGCUCGUUGACCGUGGCAGGCGUGGGUGCUGGCUCAUUGACUGUGGCAGACGUGGACUCUGGCAGCAGCAGGGGAAUAGCCUCUAUGACCGUGGGUGCUGACAGCGGCAGGGGAAAAGCCUCCGUGGCCGUGAAUGCAGGACCCAAAAGCAGAGUUUAAAAUAAGGGGAUUUAUUUAAACAAAAACAAAGGUUAAAUCCAACAUAAACUCCCACAAGGUGGAAAAAACAAACAUAAACUACCCUGUAGGGGAAACAGACAACCCAGGCUGGGGCAGAGGAGAAUGGGGCACAGGACCGACCGGACCGAGAUGGGACAAAACAGGACCGACAAACUGGACCGACAUAGGGGAGCAAACAAGGCAAACUGGCACUGGACAGCACACACAAGGAGGCUAAAAUAGGGAGAGAAAUCAAAUGGGUUAACGGGACAGUUGAGGCAAAUUAACGAAUAAUAAGCAAACAAGAAGGUGGGGUAUGACGCAAGACAGAGAGACACGUGGCGAUACAGAAACCAAACCAAGCCACGUGCUCUCACAAGACAACAAAACACCCGAAUGGCAUGAGCGCACAUCGCCAAGACAAUGAGGCAAUAUAUGCCCAUACCAACCGACAAACAAGAUGAAAGAAUGCAUAGCAAUGCCAAACAAUUCAGUGCCACGCAUUCUCACACUAAACGAAACCUGAGCGUACAUCACCAGGUAAAUGCCAUGCGAUGCACGCAACAGGCGACAAAAACAAGACAGGACACCUGUGCGAGAAUUCAGCCACACACACACCCGACAUCUUAGACCGAAGUGACCGAACAUCAUGAAUUGCGCGCCCGAGGCGGGCCCGUGUUCGCGAAAGACAGACAAACUGUCGAUGCGAGUGCAUGCUGCGAACAUGACAUAAGCGCGAUGCACCCAUGUCAAUAACAGACAGACAUGGAGCGCGAGUGUCCGGAUCCAGACACAGACCGAAACCGAACCAGACAGGAAGUCAGGAUCCAGACACCAUGCUCCCGACAUGAAACAAGACAGACCGAAGAGCGCACAGCAGGGAAUACAACCGAAACUGCUCACUCACACAAAGACAGACAACAAAACACAAGACAGACA